AUGUUUCCCUCAUUCCCAAAAGCCCUGGCAUCAUGCUUGCUCUCGAGUCUUUGCAUCCUUCCCGCCAUUGCGAUUCCCGUCAACGCCCUCAUCACGACAGCCCUAUCAGGCACUGAGCUGGCACCCUUCGAUCACUCGCUCGGCUCAGGACUUCUCACCCACCUUCCCCCUCCUCAGCGAGGAGUCCUUGCUGGCCGAACCGAGACCCCUGGGGGCCUGUUUGGAGCAAAUGGCGUCCCUGACAUUGCCGAUCUGGAUCAGACAACCAUCCCGGAUUGUGGUCUCAUUGCUGCGGUCGGCGCAUUGGUGGGGCAGCACUCAGAAUGGAUCACCAACUUGUUCGAGUUCAAGGGCGACGCUGGUACCACCACCGCUGCCACGGUCAAGCUCGUGCGCGGUAUAACCUUCCAGGCCAAUCCGAAGACCGUGCAGAAAUCAAGUCUCACGAACGCUCGAUCAGACGCACACGAGGGCUGGUGGGUUGGGGCGCUCGAGCAGGCUAUAACCUCUCAAGAGGGGAAAGUUGAGGGAAUCUUCCCCGACAGAGCCCUGGAGGUGAUCACGGGCCGCAAAGCCACCUUCAAGAUCGCCGGCAACGGUUCGAAUAGCGGCCGUCCAGGAGCGCUGAGCAAGGAUCAGUUCUGGGAUCUGGUCUCCAAUAAUGCCCGAAAGACACCCAUGAUCCUGCAGAGCAGGGCUGGCGCCGUGAUCUUUACCGAGAGCCACGCAUUCUGGAUUCAGGCAGGGCAUGUUGAUGGGAAGCGCUGGGUUUCGCUGUGGAACCCCUAUGGCAUCGACGAGGUGUACGACCUGGAAGCGAUCUGGCCUUGGAUUUGGGGCGUACAUAUGUUCGCCGACAUGUCGGAGCAGCCGAGGAAGGGGAAGACCGGGUAG